UUAGCUUCGCCUGUGGCCGGUCUAUGGGUGGAACAACAGGGCUGAUAAAUCUGAGUCGUUGCAGCCUUCUGCAGAGUGACUUCAAAGUCAUGGGGAGCAGCGAUGAGUGCUCCGACAUGGAGUUGGAAGAGUCCUCCAGAACUGCUUGCAGCUGCUGCCACACGGUCUUAUCACCUUCCGCAGCAGUGAAAUCGCUGCUGCUGGGGCAGCUGAUCUCAGUUCUCAAUACCUUCACCGGAAUUUUCUCUUCCACCCUGGCAGAUGCUGGCAUCAACUUGCCCAGUACGCAGUCCAGUCUGAACUACCUCUUGCUUGUCUUGCUGCUUUGCCGGGAACUUCCACGCAUCAGAGAGGAAGGUUUGCGAGUUCCCUGGUGGAGAUAUGCCCUUUGGGCCAUCGCAGAUGUGGAGGCCAACUAUAUGGUGGUCCUGGCGUAUCGCUACACUUCGGUGGCCUCGGUGAUGCUGCUGGAUGGCUUCACCGUUCCUGGUUCCAUGCUAGUCUCGUGGAUCUUGCUGCGUGCCCAGUAUCGAAAAGCACAUCUGGCGGCCUGCGUCGUGUGCCUUUGCGGCUUGGGCUUAACGGUCCUCUCUGACAGCUCCCAUGACGCGAACAAGUCGCACGCCUGGCUGGGAGAUCUCUUCGUCAUUUGCGGGGCUUCGCUCUAUUCCCUCUCCAAUGUCCAGGAAGAAGUUCUGCUGAAACGACACUGCAGUCGCAGUGAAGCCCUGGGCAUGCUGGGGGUCUUUGGAAGCAUCAUUUGCUGCGUCCAAGCAUUUGUCCUUGAAGGACACGCCCUUCGCACCACGGAGUGGUCAGCGCGCGAUGUGGGAUGCCUCUUGGGCUUUCAGAUGUGCCUCUUUGGCAUCUAUGUCCUGGCAAGCAUUUUCUUGCAGAUGUCGGACUCAGCGGUCUUCAACAUGUCACUGCUGACAUGUGAUGUGUACAGCAUCAUUUUUUCCUGGCAGGUUCAGCACAAGCACAUCAGCUGGACCUAUGGCCUUGCCUUCGGGCUGACGCUCUCUGGCUUGGUCUGGUAUCAUCGCCAGCCAACGCCGGUCGACGUGCCCGCGAUGGGGGCGGCCUAGGUCCUACUAGGUGUUGCGUGUGGGGCAGUCAGCACACGAAGGAGCAUGUUCCUGGUUGUUGGA